AUGACGGGGACCUACAAGACGUAUGUGCUCGAGGGAUUUGAGAAGGACCUCUCUGGGCUAGUGCAGACGACGAGGAGUUUGCCGGAUAGCCUGAACGAGACGGAUGUGCUUGUCCGCGUACAUGUUGUGGGGCUGAAUGCGCGAGACCUGCAAAUCGCAUCUGGGACGUAUCCCGCGCCUCAUCUGCCGCCAACUGGACUUGUACCGUGCUCGGACUGCGCAGGCGUCGUUGAGAAAGUAGGCUCGAAAGUCGAUAGGGUUCAUCCUGGGGACCGCGUCGUUUCUCACGUAUCGUACAACUGGAUUCACGGCGAGAUGGGCAAUGCCAUGCAGAAGACGGCGUUGGGCGGUGGAAUUGACGGUGUCCUUUCCGAAUACGCCAUCUUACACCAGGACGGCGUCGUGCACAUACCGGACUUCAUGUCCUUCGCUGAGGCAUCGACUCUGCCAGUGGCUGCGCUUACCUCAUACCACUGCCUCUUCGGCUUCGAGCGCACCCUGCAGCCCGGACAAGCCGUACUUGUCGAAGGCACUGGCGGCUGCGCCAUCGCCGCGCUGCAGCUGUCGCUUUUCGCAGGCGCACGGCCUAUCGUCAUCAGCUCGUCGGACGACAAGCUGGCACGCGUACAACAAUUGGGCGUUCCGGCAGAGGAUUGCAUCAAUUAUAAGGCAACCCCAGAUUGGGAAAAGCGCGUCCUCGAGUUGACCGACGGUCGCGGCGUCGACCAUACGGUCGAAAUUGGCGGGCGGAAUACACUGCCAAAGGCCAUCGCCUGCACCGCGCCCGGUGGCUGUGUGUCCGUGAUUGGGCCGAACGCCUCUGACUCGCAGCCCGACGUCGACAUCGCCAAGCUCAUCCUCUACACGCAAGCCAACGUACGCGGCGUCGUCUGCGGCUCGCGCCUGCUGUUCGAGCAGAUGAUCCGUGCGCACCAGCAAGCGCAUUUGCGGGCAGGAAAAUCCUCCAAGAAUAUUCUGACGCCUGUAGUCGACCACCAGUUCGCCUUCGACGAAGCGAAGGAGGCCUUCAAGUGCUUGGAAAGUGGGAAGUUCUUCGGGAAGGUUGCUAUCAAUGUCAUACAGGAGUCGUAG